GUGUGUGUGUGUGUGUGUGUUGCAGGAGGGUCAGCCCCGAGCGACCCGCAUGAUGUUCUGCAGCACCAACUGCUCGUCUCUGUUCAACUCCGACGUGCAGAGCAAAGCCGCUAACAAGACCCCCCUCAUGCUGGCGGGCCCUGAGUGCCCCCCUCCCUGCAGGGUGCAUCAGUACACCAGCAACAUGUCCACCAUCGCAGUUCACUCCCUCCUCCUCCCUCCUUCCUCUCCUACCCCCUCUUCCUCACCUCCUAUCUCCUUCCCCCCCGCCGCCGCCAUCACCACAGAGACACGCCCCCGCAUGGACAGCCUCAAGGUGAAGCUGAAGCCCCGCCCCCGAGCUGUACCUGGGGGGGAGGAGUCUAAUCGCUCUGGGAAAAGGACGAAGUGCUGCAGGUGGAGGAGGUGGAGCUUCAACAUUACGCUCAGCAGAGGCCCUUGCACCCCUAACGAGGCGGUUUCCAUGCCAACGGAGGAGGAAGUGGACGUUCUCCUGAAGAAGUUGGGGGUGUGUCUCCUUCCGGACCCUUUCCCUAAAGACGAGCGGAGAUGCUGCUUCUGUAACCAGCAGGGAGACGGACAUACUGACGGGCCGGCAAGACUCCUGAACCUGGACCUGGAUCUCUGGGUGAGUUAUACCUCAUUCACACCAACACAGGAAACUACAGAGGAACUACAACAGGAGAAGAAGAACGAGGAGUGGAGUUUAACAGCAGAGAAACUACAGAAAGAGAAGAAACAGAAGAAGAAUAAGAAGUUAAAGAAACAGCAGGAGAAGAAUCAGAGAAACCGCAGCGGAGAAAAAGAAGUGGAAGGAACUACAGAAUAA